CUUCCGGUUCAAUGAUGUCUUCCUAUGCACUUUUCACGUCAUGUUGCAGCGAAGUUCAAUCUGAUGAUCUUAUUAGACAAAUAUUGAAUGUUGAGAAUUUACCAUCGACAGACCCAUUGAUUGAGAAUGUAUUGGGAUAUGACUGGCACAUAGAUACCAAAUACUACACUGCAGAUAUCAAGUUGUGCUGCACAUCAAGAAGAACAAUAGGCAAUGAAGCUUUUGCUGAGAAUGUCCAUGCAUUUGUGGUCUACUUUAAUGCAGAAGAGAACAAGAGCUUUGAGCUGGCCAAAUCAUGGCUUCCCUACCUGAAGCAGAUAGAACCAGCAGUACAGAUUCUUGUCUGCCAGUCCUGUUCGGAAAAUACAUCUGUUAAAAAGCUCAAUGUACAGGAAUGGUGCAUUGAUAACAAUUUUGAGCUGGUUGAGUUAUGCCCCUUGGAGGAGAGUGACAGUGAAGAUGACUUCCAAGAAACGACUGGGGUAAAGCGGAUCAUUCAGGCACUACAUGCCUAUACAUGGCCUGAUCUUGUCAUGAAAGAAAGACCAAGUUUCCGUAGUUCCUACAUGACAGAGUUAAUGAAAGAAGAGUCCUCCAAAAAAUCGCAAGACUCGGAGAAGCCGCUGGACAGAGAUGCGGAAGAGACUACAGGAAACAGCAGACUUGGCAAUACAGAAAUAAAUGGAGAACUUGAAGCUGGUAAUGGGGUGAUGAUUGGUACCACAUCCAGUUGUUGUGGGGAUAAUCAAGCUGCUACUGUUGGCAAAUCCAAGAAAACACCUGUUAAUGUUAUAGAUUCCAUGUUACCAAUGGAAGACCUAGCUCUCUUCGAGGCUGCUGGAGCUGAUGAUCCUGGCGGAGAAUCUUUUGAAAAAUUGUUUGCAAAUUUCCGCCUGAUGAAAGAAAAAGCUGAAUCCCUACCACUGGAUGAGAGAAAGAUAUAUGCAGAACAGGUUGCUACAUCAUUUUGGCGAGCUAUAGGAGGUGAAGAUAGUGAUGAAGAAACAUGAUACAGAACUUCUCUAGUAACUUAUAGGUUGCCCAUCUUUAUUAUCAACAUGAACUGUCCAGCAGGGCUGAGACAUCAUACUCGUUCAUGGGGUGCAAAAUAUCAAGUUUAUUUUCUUAUAGUUUAGCAAUUUUCAUUGUGAAUCUGUAAUGUGAGUUGGCGCUUUGCGUUUAAAAGCUGACAACUUCUACAAACUUGAUUAUAAAAUGUCCAAGCAUUCCAAUACAUUAUUAGUACUGCUUGACUGUGGAAUGUUUUGAUGUAUUCCAAACUUGUAUUGGAAAGAGGUCAGUUAGGUUCCCAUAUUACACAGCCAGUGGAUCAAGUACAGGGCACUUGUGUAAUUGUCGGUUAAAUAGUAUGCAUGUUACUUAUUACAAAAUGUGAUUGAGUUUUAUAAAGUUUGUGACCGCUUUGUGCUGUGAUAUCAGUCUGUAAGUUCUUUAUAGCUCAGUCUGUAAAAUGGAGAUCAGGUCUGAGACCUGUAGAAGUGCUACGAGAAGAGAUAGGGCUAUAUUGUUAUUGUGUAUUGCCUGUGGUAAAUAUACAAUGAGUCUUAUAUUUUGUUUCAUAACCUACAAUACUCCAGUGUAUCCUUUGUAUAAAACUGUUAACCAUUCCAAAAUCAUGUUUUCAUAUGACUUCAAUUGAAAUUUUAAAUAUGAUUUCUUUAAGUGUCAAAUAUAAAUGUUACAGUACAUAAUGAUUCUACAGUGUGUAUAUGUUAUGAAUUAUCUGCGAGAACUGAUUUGUGUAAUUUUUAGUCAUGGAUACUUUUAUAAAUUAUGAUCCAGAUACCUGUAUUAUCAAUUAAUGAUUUUGUCACUGUGAUCAAGUUGAAAAUCAAAACUUCCUUAUAGGUAUUCUGCCAUUGUAUGAAUGUCAGUCUCAGGUACUAGGUACUUAUCUAUCAAAUUUAAAAUCAGGAAAAUUAUAAGUUGUCUCCCUUUGUAAUUUGGUGUUGGUGUUAUUGUAUUGUUACGCUACAUGUUUGUUUUAAAUAUUAAUCUAAGUAUUCAUAUCGUGAUUGUGCUGAUUAUCGCAACUUUUAACAAUUGAGACUAAAUAGUUCAUUAUUAUAUGGACUGAGUAUAUUAAUGUGUAUAUGUAUUGUGAGUGUAUUGUGAGUGGAUUCUGUAAGUACUAGACAUUGUAUGGAGUUGUAAGGUAUAACAUCCUUCCAAUCACUUAUGUCACCAGGCCUGCAAUAGGGAGCUAAUGCUGUCACCCCGUGUCCAUGUCCCACCUAAACUGUUAGGAUUUUGAGCUUGUUAAAUUUUCAAGCACUACUGGGUCGACACUAUCAAGAGUCUGUUGUUAUCAAAUAGUUAUUUACAUACACAGAUGAGCCGUAAAGUUAAGUGAAAAAUAAAAUCUGAACAUUAAUUUGAAUUUGGAUACUUUAUCAUAUGUGUAUAUUUCUCUUCCCAAAACAUACCUUACAGUAACACAGUGGUGGCUUGUCAGAUAAAGCUUGUUUUCUCUGGGAAGUUUUUGAAUUUCUUGUACAUUUUCUGUAUAAGUUUUCAAAAUAUUGCGUAUUACAUGCAUGAAUAAUUAUCGUGUAAUUAGAUCAGAUGUAAAAUAAGUCACUUUUUGGACAGCAAUUGUUAAUGAUCACUGAAUCUAUCUAAAUAUGUAACUUAGCAUUGCAAGUACAGUAUGUGGUUGGAGUCACCACACCUCUUUACAAGGUAUAUGGCAUCAUGGAGAUCUAAAGCUGCUGAAAUUGGUUAAAAACUAUGUGGGUUUUCCCCGGGUACUCCGGUUUCCUCCCACAGUAAGACCCCUCCCACAGUAAGACCCCUUGCGCGCUUCCAUCCGGGCCAACAAGCGUGAUUAAUAUAAGUUAAUAUAUCUUGUUUUGCAAUUGUUGUAAAAUAAAUAAAGUUUACAUUUAAUGGGUGAAACAGUGACAUGUAUAAUUUCCAUUCUGAAUGCGAGUACACAGUAUAUGUCCCACUACUCAGUAAUAACAUGUUAUAGUUACAUUUGACUGGUGGUCUGCUUGUACUCAGUAUAUGUCCCACUACUCCGUAAUAACAUGUUAUAGUUACAUUUGACUGGUGGUCUGCUUGUACUCAGUAUAUGGUAGAGUGGUGUUGUAUAGUCCAUUGAUGAGCUUUGCAAAAAUAAAAACCUGAAAAGUUUCAUUGUA